AUGGCAUCCGUCUUCCGCCCCGGCGCUCUCGCCCUGAUCACGGGCUCCGCAUCAGGCGUCGGCUUCGCAUUCGCCCAACACUGCCGCCUGCAAGGGAUGCACCUCGCGCUCCUCGACAACAACGGCGCUCUUCUCGAGCAAGCCAAAGCGACCCUGCAAUCCGUCAAGCCUGCAACGACAACAUCAACAACCAACAACCCACCUCAAACGCUAACCUACGAACUCGACGUGUCGGACCUGUCAGCAUGGAGCAAAGUGCAAGCGGACCUAUCCAGCAAAUUCUCCACGAUCGACUUCCUAAUGCUGAACGCGGGGACGAGCGUGAAACCAAGCACUCCCACACCCUGGGCCGACGCGAUGUAUUUCCACAAAACCCUAGCCACGAACUUCUUCGGCGUCGUGCACGGCCUCACGACGUUUCUGGCCAUGGUGCAGAAAUCGCCCGGUCCGUCGGCCGUCGUGCUGACCGGCAGUAAACAGGGCAUCACCAAUCCGCCGGGAAACCCGGCCUACAACGCCAGCAAGGCCGCGGUCAAGUCUGUCGCGGAGCAACUGGCGCAUGAUCUGCGCACGGCGUCGCCGCAGGUCUCGGUGCAUCUGCUGGUGCCUGGGUGGACGUUCACGGGGCUCAGUGGGAAUCGCGGGCCCGUGUCGGACGAAGAGGCUUUGAGCAAGAAACCUCGUGGCGCGUGGUUGCCGAGUCAGGUUGCGGAGUAUGGGGUGGAGAAGAUCGAAAAGGGGGUGUUUUAUAUCAUUUGUCCCGAUGCGGAUGUUGAUGAGGCCCUGGAUCAGGCGCGCAUGGCUUGGGCUAUUGGGGAUAUUACGGAGGGGAGGAGUGCGUUGAGUCGUUGGGAUGAGAAAUAUAAAGAUGAAGCCGCCGCGUGGAUUGCUGAGGAGGCGAAGAAGAGGAGAGGAGGAGGGAAGGACUGA